UAUUGUUUUGACAAUAAAAUAGUAAACAAUAGUAAGUAUACGAAGUAUUGGCAAGUUUUGCAAGUUUUGGGAAGUAUUGCAAGAAUUGGUGAUAAUUAUGAGCCAUAGAUAUCAUAACCAGAGACGGAGGACGAGAUCUUCGUGUCUGGACGAGAACAGUGCGGAUCAGCUGAAGAUUGUGAACGGAAUCGCUUUAUAUAAGAAUAGGAACCAUUGGUCUAACGUUUGUUCAGUUCUCAAGCGAUUCAAAAAGGACUCAAAGUUUUGCGAUUUUCAGCUCAAAGUCGAUGAGAAGAUAUUUAACGUCCAUAGAGUGGUGUUAAGCGCUUCCAGUCCUUACUUCGAGGCCUUGUUUUCAAACGAUUUGAUUGAAAAAGAGUCCAAAUUUGUGGAAAUCAAAGACAUUUCGUCGAAGAUAUUUGAUGUGCUGUUGGAAUACAUCUACUCCGGAGAAGUGGCCAUCAAUGGAGAUAAUGUCCAGGAAUUGGUUUCUGCGGCCAAUCGACUGGAAUUGACAGAAAUUGUGUCCAUUUGUUGCCAAUAUAUGAACAGACAAUUAGAUCCGAUUAAUUGUAUCGGAAUCUUAAGAUUCGCUGAAUUCCUUUCGUGUACUUCUUUGCGCUUCGAUUCCAAGCGUUAUAUCGAAAGACAUUUCGCAGAAGUCAUUAAAGAGGAAGAAUUCUUUGAUUUACCUAAAGAUCUAUUGAAAGGCUUUCUUCGCAGUGAAGGCCUUAGCAUUGAUAAUGAGUUUCAAGUAUUGGAGGCAACAGUUAAGUGGAUUAUCAAAGACCAGUCCAAUCGGUUCCAACAUUUCGACGAACUCAUGGAUUGCGUCAGAAUUCCUGUCAUUCCUAUCAAACAAUUGGAGUCUUUUAUCAAUAACUGUAAUAAUGAGGAAUUGAGGGCAAAACUGGAAUUAGUUCUUCACAGCCAUAAGGAGGCCAUCGAAACGAUUGAGAAGAAUAAGAAAUUGAACUUAAUUGCCAUUAAUUGUCACAACAGUUUAGUUAAUAAUGGCUUCUAUGAGGUUCGAUGGCAGCCGAGG